UUGAACCCAGGGCCUUACACAUGCUAGCAAGUGGUCUACCACUGAGCCGCAACCCCAGCCUUGAAAAUCAGCUUUUCUUGAUGCAUCUAAGUUAUGUUAAAGUCCUGUAGAUCUGAAUGUUGUAACUGACCCCGAUGUAGAGGACACUUCAUUUUUUAAAUUUUUUUAAUUUCCUACUUUUUGCACCUUCCUGCCUUCACUGCCAUUGUCUUAGUAAAUUCCUCACCAUUGCUUGUUUCAACAAUUGCAUUAGGCUUUAAGUUGGUAUUUCUUUAUUUUUUUAAUUGAUUAAAAAAAUGACAGCGGAAACACACACACACACACACACACACACACACACACACAUAUGUUGGUAUUUCUUGUCCUUGCCUCUCCCCCUGGUUCCAUCCUCCCAUAUUUCUCAGAUCCUUUUGGGUGUGCAAGGUGGAUUAUCAUUUCAGUAAUACCUAUGAUUCAUUAAGCCCUAACUACAUGGCAGGCAGUGUUCGGGGUGUUUGCACGUGUUAUGGUGGGCAGAGGAAAUCGAGACUUAGGCUUGUUGACUUUGGGGCAGUCUCCCUAUUUUCUAGUCUACUCACUUACUCAUUGUGUAGUUUAGAAGAUGUCAUUUUAAUCUUCUCUGCCUUAAUUUCUUUACCUGUACAGGGGGAAUCGCAGCAGUGUUUACCUCAUGAGGCCAUUGUGAGGACUGAAAAAAUCCCUGCUGCUUUGAGUUCUGUGGCUCUCAGUUGCAUAUGUGAAGUAUGGAGGGUUUGGCAGAGGCUUUGUGUCACCUUCAGAUCCCCCUGCUUGCUGGCACUGUUGGAUAAGGACAGUUCUCCACAUACAGACUUUGUUUCACUUGGAAUCUUUACUUUUUUUACUUCAUUCGACUGAUUUAACAGGGUUCAACAACAGCAUUCAUAAAUUUCCAGGGCAGCAACCCCAAGUGAGACCUAAUGACUUCCCACUUCAGGCUCUACCUGGGGUUUGACAGAGUUCAACAUUGAAGUGGGCACAGUGACACACCCUUGGGACUCUGGAGGUUGAGGAUGGAGAUUUCCACCCAUCAGUCUCAUCUCCUGCAACAACUAAAUGAGCAGCGCAGGCAAGAUGUGUUCUGUGAUUGCAGUAUUCUAGUUGAAGGGAAGGUCUUCAAAGCUCAUCGAAAUGUAUUAUUUGCUAGUAGUGGCUACUUCAAAAUGCUUCUUUCUCAGAAUUCCAAGGAGACAAGUCAGCCAACCACAGCUACAUUUCAGGCUUUCUCUCCGGACACUUUCACAGUUAUCCUGGACUUUGUCUAUUCAGGCAAACUCUCUCUUACUGGGCAGAAUGUCAUAGAAGUGAUGUCCGCGGCAAGCUUCCUUCAGAUGACUGAUGUCAUUAGUGUAUGUAAGACUUUUAUCAAAUCUUCCUUGGACAUUAGUGAGAAGGAAAAAGAUCGCUACUUCAGUCUCUCAGAUAAGGACGCCAGUUCUAAUGGCAUAGAGCGUUCUGCUUUUUAUGGUGGCAGCUGGCAAGAAGAAAGCAGUUCCCCACACUCUCACCUCAGCCCAGAUCAAGGAGCAGGUAUAAUAAGUGGAAAGUCGUGGGGUAAGUAUAAUUACCCUCCGGCCUCCCAACGGAGCACUCAGCUCCCUGGGGCCAAGCAUGAGCAGAGGAAAGAUUCCAUUAAAAAGACCAAGCAUCUGCGACUGUCACAGCCUCCUGAAGCUGCUCAGUACAAGUCAAGCAAACGAGAAGCGCGUGCGUCUGAUUCUUCCAGCCAUGUUUCCCAGGCUGAAGAACAAGCGCAAAUUGACACAGAAAUGGACUCUGCUUCUGUUGGCUAUCAGUAUGGUCAAGGAUCUGAGGUCACGUCCCGAAGUUUUUCAGAUGACCUGCCCAGGAUGCGAUUCAAGUGCCCGUACUGCACACAUGUGGUAAAGCGGAAAGCAGACCUCAAGCGACAUCUGCGCUGUCAUACAGGAGAAAGGCCGUAUCCAUGUCAAGCUUGUGGAAAAAGGUUUAGCAGGCUAGACCACCUAAGUAGCCAUUUCCGAACAAUUCACCAGGCAUGCAAACUAAUCUGCAGAAAAUGCAAACGCCAUGUGACUGACCUAACAGGGCAAGUGGUACAGGAAGGAACCAGGCGCUACAGACUGUGUAAUGAGUGUCUUGCAGAAGUUGGCAUAGACAGCCUCCCCAUUGAUUUGGAAGCUGAGCAACAUCUUAUGUCCCCAUCAGAUGGAGAUAAACAUUCCCGAUGGCACUUGAGUGAAGAUGAGAAUAGAUCCUAUGUGGAGAUUGUAGAGGAUGGGUCUGCCGAUCUGGUCAUACAACAGGUUGAUGAUAGUGAAGAAGAAGAAGAAAAAGAAAUAAAGCCCAACAUUAGGUAGCUGUAAUAUGAACCAACAGAGCUGGCAUGUCUGCAAUUUCCAUUCACUUCCUGUAUCUCUCCUUUCCAUGGUCAGAGUCUGGUUAACAAAUUUAUCAUACUGACUUAAAAGAAAUGACCUGAAAUAACUUGCAUGCUUUCUGAACAGGCCAUUGUAUCCAUUCUGAACUUUGUUGCCCUAAAAUAUGUUGCUGCACUGGAAAGAAAGACCUAGCUUGAGUUGGCAUGAUGGAUGAACAGUUACCCUCUUUAUUACAGAUACGUUCUUUCUUUUAAUAUUGGAAGAUAUACUUAGCAAAUUUUCUUCAAAGAAAAUAUUUUAAAUAAAUUUAUCGUAGCCAAGCUUUAUAUAAGACAAUUUUAAGGUGUUUCAAAGACAAAUACACUACCAAUAUUAAGUUUCACAGGGAAAACGGGUAAGAGCACAUUUAAGGGUCUGGCAACACACCUUGCUGUUAAUUUCAGAUCUGAAGCAACCAAUCACUUUCUAGUAUUCUAAAUGAUUAGGAUUAAUGACUGAAGACUAAUAAGAAAUGCUUGAGUUUGUUCAUAUUUAAAAUUUUUGUCCUUAAAAAAUGACUUUUAUAUAGUCAGUAUUAUUUAAAAGAAAAAACUAACAUAGAGGCUGACCAAAGAUUAUAUACAGACAUCAUUUUUUCAAAAUAGGAAACACACUGCCUAAAAGUAAAGGUAGUUAGUUUGUAAAAAAAAGAUCUGUCAAUAACAGUUUUCUUCUUCUCUAAAGGAAAAAAAUGAAUAAAAAGUUUAAAAAAUAUAUUAGAAGGUUCUCUCCAGUUCUUAAGAAUAAUUUCUAACGUUUAUCUAGUGCUAUAUAUUACUUUAAAGUGCUCUAUUACAUAUUUUCUCACUAUUUAGUAAAGGAGAUAGUACCUCUGAGGAAAUUAAGGUCAGAAAAUAUGAGUGGUACAACUGAUGAUUGGACAGACUAUGGUUUUAAGUAAUCCUCUUUUACCAAUCUCUCCUAAUAUGUCUCCUGAAAUGACAGAGAAUUGAAAUCAAACCUUACAGGCCUGCAGUAAUGAUAAAAGUCAGAUUUAGAAUUAAAAAACACAUUAUGAGAAUCAGGAUUAGAAAAUACAGGGGUAGAUAUAGCUCAGUGGUAGAGUGCUUGCCUAGCACUUGGCCCUGGGUUCAAUCCUCAGCACACACACACAAAGAAUUAGAAUGUAUGAAAGAAGAAUUUAGUCACUUUCAGCAACCUAUAUGUUUAUGUUAAGUUAUUCAAAUAGUGUUAAGUAAUGUCCCUAAAAUACAUUCUAACAUAUUUUUGUUGGGUUAUUUAUAUAUAAAUUUAAAACAAAACUAUUUGAACAAAUUAUUGUCUUAAAUGCUUUGAGCAUUUUUGCAUAUCUUGUUUAUAUUUUUCACAACAAAUUUUUAUCCUAGGAUACAAAGUUUGAACUUCUCCCCAGUGUGAAUUAUGAGACAUUCCAACAUCACAGCAAAAUUGGAGAAGCAUUGUUUUUAGUUCUAAGGAUAAAAUAUAAAUAUCAGAACAGUGGUACUUCAUAAAGUUCUUUGUGCUGGGCGCAGAGGCACACGCCUGUAGUCUUAGCUACAAAGGAGGCUAAGGCAGGAGGAUUGCAAAUUUGAGACCAGCCUGGGCAACUUUGGGAAGCCCUGUCUCAAAAAAUUAAAAGGGCUGUGGAUGUAACUCAGGGGUAAAGCACCCCUGGGCUCAGUCCCCAGUACCAUACACACACACAAAGAGGGGUCUCUGCAAGUUACCAUAGUGAAGCUUAAUAUAAUGUAAUUAUGGUAUAUAGUGAGGCUCCAUGUAUUAUACUGUAUUUUUAAAUGCCAUGACAUACCUCAAGAUGAUAUUUUUGUUAUUAUUUCCUUAUUCUUUAGUUAAUGAUUGUCCUUGAUACCAACUUGUGGGCCACAAGACUUAAUAUCCUUUAAAAAUUUUUUAAAAAUAGAUAAAUAACUACUUUGUUUCAUGAUACUUAAUUCUGAGUCUUUUCCAAGAUUGCCCUGAUGGCAAAUUUCCAGUUGGCUCAAGACUACCUGUGUGUAUUGAGUUCAUUGGUUCUCCCAACAUGACCAUUCCUAAAUCAGGAUUCUUAACUACUAAGUAAUAUCUGAAGAGGGAGGCAUUGCCUGCCAUUCUCUAGGCUCACCAGAGUGAUACUAACACCUUUCCAAAUUGUAACCUGAUUUUUAGUUGUUGGGGCCAAUAAGAAAAAUGACUGAUUUGAGCUUUAUUCAUAGAAAUGAAGUAGUGCUUGCAUGUGUAUACCCUAACGCACUUUAGUCUAUGACCUAAAUGUUCUUUUAUGCUAUUAUCUUCUGCAUGCAAACUUCACACACAUCAGCAUGAACUUCAGCAAUGUCCACUGAACACAGUGUUACCAGCACUUUAAUUGCCUUUUUCAGAAAGAAUGCUUUUUCAUAACUGUUUAUAUCAAGCAUCAAACAGUACCCACCAAACAGCUGUCAGAUUCAGCAGACGAAACAUCUAUUCUAUCAUUUUAGCAGCAUAAAAGAAGAACAUUUAAGAAUGUUUGCAAGUUGUAAAUAAUGACUCCAGUUAUCAUAUCAUAUGUAUGUAAGACUUUAGAGAAAAUUAUUUUCUAGAAUGAAACUAUCUAUUAAUGAUUUCUGAGAAAAUUGAAUUCUUUAGCUUUUAAAUGUGGGAAAAUGCUACACAGGGAUAUAAUUUGUUUAAAUAAGCUUUAUUUAUGCCAAGGAUUUUUUUUUUCUUUCUUCUUCAACAUCAAGAAAAUAAUGGGAAUUGAUUAGGCCAAAGUUUGCUUUUGCAGAUAUGCUGUUUAUUAUCUUCUGGAUGUCCUUCUCACUUUAUUGUUCUCAAGAGUGUCUGGUUGAAGGGAUGAAGUUUUGCAAAAAUAAACCACUACUGCAGUCAUGCCUAGUGUCUGGAAGAAGAAAAACAAACCAGCAUCAGUUUAAAAAAAUUUUUUUAACCCAAGAAACUUCAAAUGAAUUGUUUCAUAAAGAAGUUCAACAUUGGAGGAAGAAGCUCUAAAAUCAAGCUGCUGUGGCACAUCUUCCCUGUGCCUCUUCCCAGGCACCUCUGCAGAACUCAGAAUUGAAAAUCAUGGAGCUAGACAACUUCUUGUAUUCCCCUUGAGUAUCAAAAGCUCACUUCAUUACUACUAUUAUUGACUGUAUUUACAAGCAGGUAACUAAGAUAGGAUGUCUUAGUGAGCAGAUCACAUCUUUAGCAUUUGAUGUUCCUUGUAUGAUCAUGAGAUCUUAAAACUUUAAGAACAAAAGUUUUAAUAUUUUUCAAUAUUAUGUUUUUGAGUAAUACAAUCAAAACAUAGUUAUUGCUUCCUAUGUGGCCAAGUUACUGCUUAGUGGAUGAAAAAAACUUGGUGUUCCGGUUAUAUAUGAGCUCAGAACUCAAUUCAUUAAAGUUAUUUUGCAAAGUCAUGCUAAGAUAUAUUGAAAUUUCUACUCAUAUUAGUUUUUUUAAAUGUAUUUUCAGCCUGAAAUUAGUAGUGUAGAAAAUCACUAAAAUCACUAUGGCAUAAAAAGACGUAUGUAACUGAGAACGGUGAUAGUAAACAGGUACAGGAGGACCAAACUCUAUACAUGAAAAUUUGUAUGUUAUUUUAUAUUAGAGUGUAUCAGUAUUACUAUUUAUCAUUUAUAUAGCAUUUUAUAUCUGCAAAUUAUUUAAUAAUUUUUGUUUUUCUUUACAUUUCUAUGAAGUAGGACAGUUAUCCCACAUGAAAGGUAAAGAAAUUGAGGCACAGAACAGUAAAGCAGCCUAUUUAAAACAGCCAGUGAAUCAAUGGCAAAAAAUAGGGUUAGAAUGAUCAGGUUUUCUGAAUCCUAGAAUAUCAACUUACUCACAAGUGUAUUGUAUCAUUCUCCUUUAUAAGGUGAUUUUAUACAAGUAACAGUCCAUUGUUUUAAAGUUGUUUAGUCAUUGUAUGUGGAUAAAUCCUAUACAGAAUAAAUGCUACAUAAAGAAUGUGAUUUUAGGGACUGGGAUUGUGGCUCAGUGGUAGAGCGCUCUCCUAGCACGGGUUCCAUUCUCAGCACCACAUAAAAAUAAAGGUAUUGUGUUGUGUCCAUCUACACCUAAAAAAUAAAUAUUAAAAAAAUUGCGGCUUUAGUUAUGAAAGUUUAAGUGAUAAAAUUCAGGUUAUCAGGAAUGGCAAUGUUUAGCCAGUGUUUCAUACAUUGUGAAGUAUAAUUAAUAUUGUAUUUUGAUACAGGAGUUUCUUGACUAUCCAUGCCAAUGGAACCAUGAAUGGGCCAGAAAGAUGAAAUCAACAGAUGUUCUAUAAACUUUAUUUUUUAACAUCGGCUUUCUCCCCACAGAACUGUAUUAAUGCCACCAAGAAGUCAAAUAUUUAAGUAUAAUAUUAAUAAGUAUAAGCCAUACAAAGCAAGAGAAGCAAAGGGACUCUUAAAGACAUAAUGUUUAAUUAUUUUUUUUUAAUAAUGAGGAUUGAACGCAAGGAUGCUUUGCCUUUGAGCUACAUCCCUAGCCCUUUCUUUUCUUUUUUUUUUUUGAGACGAGGUCUUGAUAAGUUGCCCAGGCUGGCCUUGAAUUUGCAAUCCUCCUGCCUCAGUCUCCUGAGUAGCUAGGAUUACAGGUGUUCACCACUAUGCCCUGCUCAUCAUUUUUAUUUAUUUUAAAUUUUUUAAAAAAUUUUCUGGUAUCAGAUAUUGGACCUGAAGCGCUUUACCACUGAGCUACAUCCCCAGCCCUUUUUAUUUUUUAUUUUGAGACAGAGUCUCACUGAAUUGCUGAGGCUGGCUUUGAACUUGUGAUCCUCCUGCCUCAGCCUCCCAAGCUUCUAGGAUUAUAUGUGUGCAUCCUGCUCCCAGGCCACUCAUCAUUUUUAAAUAGGAAACUGAAGUCCAGUUGCUGCUUUACCUUUGGACUUGAUUAGAUCUUUUGCAAGUUUGAUUGUAUUGAAUGGCUUAGAAAGUACAUCCAAGAUUUUAUUAUAUUUUGUCUGCUUCCCUCUUUAAAAUUUCUAGAUAAACAUUCUACUAUACA